AUUUGACUGAUUUGACCUCCGACACGUAUUUUGUGAGCCGCGGCGAGGAGUGGCCAAGGUUUAAAGAGCGUGGCCUGCGCCAUUACAGGGGUCAGUCAGCAUCAUGAAGUGCUUCUCUCUGGUCGUGUUUGCUCUCGUGCUCUUGGCAGUUUUUGCCGAAGGCGCGGAGCGUGACUGCUCCCCGAAAUGCCAGUGCACCAACGUGCCCAACAAGACCGAAUUCUGCGGCAUUCAGGGCAUCAAGAGGGUCACCUUCAGCAGCUCGUGCGAGAUGCUGUGCCACAACUGCCAGAACAAGACCAACUUUAAGUAUCAGAGUCCAGGAAAGUGUCCUGCUGACGCCACCACUACUCCUCCACCCCGAACUGCCCAAGCUGGCCAAGCUGCCAACGUGGCCCCAAAACCUGCCAAGCCUGCCGUCGACCCGGCACAAACCGUCCGUCACUUAUCGGGUUAAUUCGUAACCCUUUGACGACCACCGCGAAUCCAUCUGGUUUUGAAAAAUGAGGAAAACGAUCGAGUCUCUUCGGUGAAGGGGGUCUUUGAAUCUAUGAAUAAUUGUAAGGCAGAUGGACAUCGUGACGCGAAUGCUGUCAUUAUAUACGCCGCGUCUUGUUAUCCAAUCUAUGUGAAUAAAUCUAUUGCGCUCCACUUCGACUUUCUGUAUUUGCAAGCAAA